AUGACUAAGUUAGAGGGGAUAUUGCGUAUAUUGAAAAGACGAAAUUUUGCGGGUAAAAACGGGAUUUACAAUGUCAAGUAUCAUCAGCUGAACCGCCCCAUUUUCCUUGUAGAGGUGGAUACAUGUAAGUUUUUGGGGGGUGUGGGGAGGUUAACUCAAAAAAAAGGAUACGGAGUUUAUAGGAAGCCGAAACGAAGUAAGUCUUAUUGGCAACGAUCUUACGAAAGGUAUUAG